GGCGCUAGGAGAAGCCGGCAGCCCGCCUCCUGCCCGGGCUGGUCCGCUGGGCUCGGGCGGAGGAGAGGCGCCGCCGCCGCCGCUGCAGCCCAGCGCCUUAGUACGGGCACUUGCAUGCCUUGGGAGGUGGCCCCAGCGGCCCCUUGUUGCCCCGACCCCCGGCGGGCUGCGCCUCGCGCGACAGCCCGAGCCCGUGGAGGAGGAGGAGGAGGAGGAGGAGUAGGAGGAGGAGGGCGAGGAAGAGGAGGGCGAGGAGGAGGAGGAGGAGGUGGUGACAAACUCUCCCGCUUUGCACUGCGGCCGGGAGCCCCAGCGCCAGGCAUGCAGGCUCGGCGUUUAGCCAAGCGCUCCAGCCUGGGGAGCCGCCGGGGGGGCGCAGCGCUGCAGCCGCCGCCGGGCCCGGCGCUGGCGAGGGAGGGCGCCCUGCCCGGGCUGCCGCCCCUGGCCCCGGCCCGGGAGAGCUGGAGGCCGCCUCCCCCUCCUCGCCGAGCUGGAGCUGGAGCCGGGUCCGGGUCCGGGGCCGUCCCCCCUCCCGCCGUCGUCGCCGCCGCCGCCGGCGGCGGCGCAGCCACGGUCCCCGCCCCGGUGCUGCUGCUACUGGAGGAGGAGGAGGAGGACGGCGAGGAGGAAGGGGGAAGACGUAGGAGGGGGCGCGGGAGGUUGGAGGGGAAGCCCCGGGGGGGCGCGGAGGAGGAGGACGACGACGAAGAGGACGACGAGGACGAAGAGGUGGUCGUCGAGGUGGUGGAGGAAGACGAGGAGGAGGACGUCGAGGAGCGCUUCGUGCCCCCAGGCCCGAAGGGCCAGCUCCGGGGCUCGCUAAAGGCUGGGAGCAUUAAGCGUGAAAUGACCUUCACCUUUCAACAGGAGGACUUAAAACGUGACUUUAGUAAAAAAAUAUCCUAUCAACAAUUGUUCCCUUUGGCCAUGGCAGAAGAUGUGAGAACAGCUGACACCAAAAAAGCCCACAGAGUCCCUGAACACGAAAAAGAGAACACUAGAUCCAUCUGUCUCCUGGAACAAAAACGCAAAGUUGUUUCAUCAAAUAUCGAUGUUCCUCCAGCAAGGAAAUCUUCAGAAGAACUGGAUAUGGAUAAAGUAACAGCAGCAAUGGUACUAACCAGUUUGUCCACCAGCCCUUUGGUUCGAAGCCCUCCUGUGCGGCCCAAUGAGAGCCUCAGCGGAUCUUGGAAAGAAGGGGGAUUUGUGCCUUCAAGUACAAGCAGUAGUGGGUACUGGAGCUGGAGUGCCCCUAGCGAUCAAUCCAAUCCGUCCACCCCGUCUCCACCUCUGUCAGCCGAUAGCUUCAAGCCCUUCCGAACACCCACCCAGCCAGAUGGCAUCGAUGAAACAGAAGCAAGCAACCUUCUCUUUGAUGAACCCAUUCCCAGGAAAAGAAAGAACUCCAUGAAGGUAAUGUUCAAAUGCCUUUGGAAAAACUGUGGGAAGGUACUGAGCACAGCUGCUGGAAUCCAGAAACACAUCAGAACCAUUCAUCUUGGACGCAUAGGUGACUCAGACUACAGUGAUGGAGAAGAAGAUUUUUACUACACAGAGAUCAAACUUAAUACAGAUUCAGUAGCUGAUGGGCUCAGCAACCUUUCCCCAGUUUCUCCCUCUCAGUCCUUGGUGUCUCCUCCAACAUUCCCCACCUUGGAUUCCAGCCGUACUGAAACUCCAUGUGCCAAAACGGAGCCGAAAUUGAUGACGCCUCUGAGCCAAUCAGCUCCUACCACCCUCUACCUCGUACAUACUGACCAUGCUUACCAGGCUACUCCCCCGGUGAACAUUCCAGGAUCCACAAAGUUCUCUCCGAACGGCAGCAGCUUUAGCAUCUCUUGGCAGUCUCCACCGGUUACCUUCACAGGCAUUCCAGUUUCCCCAACACACAAUCGUCCUGUGGGCAUAGGAGAGCAGAGACAACAACAGACUCAUUCAGUCCUGUCUUCACCUCCCAGAGGAGCAGUCAGCUUAAGAAAGCCACGGGGGGAGGGCAAAAAAUGCCGGAAGGUUUAUGGCAUGGAGAAUCGAGACAUGUGGUGCACUGCCUGCCGUUGGAAGAAGGCCUGCCAAAGGUUCAUUGACUGAAGCAUGGAAGCCUCAAAGGUGCGGGGCGUGGAUGCCCAAGAGCCUGCCUACAGCUGCCCUUGACACUCUUCCUGCCCUCUCCUUCCACUCCUGGUUUUGAAAAGAGCUUUUUGCAUUAACCACAAAAUGCACUCGUAGCCAAGGUGAAGCCCUUCGAGAAACCUGUGUGUGGAAGAACAGCAAAAAAAUUUUAAAGUAACUAGUAUCACCAACCAGUAUCCAACCUGGAGCAGCUAUAACUUUUUUUUUUUAAUUAAAAAAAAAAGUUAACUUUUUGCUCUGCGACUUCCUCACCGCCCCAGCCCCAUUAGAUCUUGUAACUGUACUGUGAACUUCUGUAGCAGUUAAAAAAACAAACCCUUCUUUCCCUAGAAUGGAGGUAUCUUUUGCUAUGUUUUCUGACUAACAUACCUUCCAAGAUUUUUUUCUGACACUUUAAGCGACAAACCCACCACAUAAGCUACAGUUUAUUCAACAGCAUUUGUACAAAGAAUGGACUCUACUCCAUAAUUCGCAAUGUGAACAGUCUUGCUUCUCUUUCCCAUUUGACUUCUUGGAGCCGUGCAUACCCUGCUGUGCUAUAGAGACAAACAGCACUCAUGAUUUCUUUUCAAUUUGGGGUUUUCUUUAAAAAAAAAAAAUGGCCACACACCAGAAGUCCUGUGGGAGCUAUUAACCUGUAAGCCCCCUGGGACUUUUAAGAACACAAAAAGAUAAAAAAUGAUGGAAAUCACCAGCAAACUUCAGCCAUGAGCUGAGAUCAGGAAAUCCAAUUGUCAUCAUUGGGAAACAUCUGGGAGCUUCACUCAAUUUCCCAAGAAGCUUUUUCUAAUUGCUUGGCUUUCUAUGAUAUAGUGGCCAGGCCAUGAGAGACAGCAUCCUGCUUCUCUCCAUCUUGUUGCAACUCCAUCAAGAACUGGUCCAUGUAGCCGUGUGGGUAACCCUUAAUCCUUUUGUUCAGGGAUGUGAUCCAAACCAGCAGCUCAGCUCUGUUUACUAUUAUUGCUUGUUUGUGAGACUGUAAUGGGUCACUAGUCCUUUCCACAAAAAAGAAUUCUACAAUUAACUGUUUUCAGAAAACGUAUAAAAAUCAGAAAUGCCCCAUAUACAUAAGCCUGUGAGGUUGGCUUUAAAUGCAGAGCACAGCCUACAUGGUCUCAUCCAUUCUAAAAAGUCCUUUUGAGGUUACAAAACCAAUUCCUAUUUUGAGUGCACUUUUAUAGAUUUUUAUGCUUUUGCAUGUCUGGUUUAUGGGUUAAUGGAUACUAUAGAUCUUUGUAGGGGUUAAUGCAAGAUACAGACCUUUAUUUUUUAUCAUUUGAAAAAUUUGGGGCUAUUUAUUGAUAAUUAUCUUGGUGGAGAAAAUACAAUAAACAAAAGGAAAAUGUCAUGUUGGAUGUAUACGAGGUGUAGUUAUAGGAAUAUCUCCAGUUGGUAGGGUCAGGGUUUAAAGUAGGUAGGAUUUACAGGAUCGAAGGCCUUAGCAUAAAAAAAGAUUUUUCAUGUGGGAGCUAGGCCCAGCCCUAGAAAUAAGUUAAUUUUCCAUCCAAUCUAAAACCUUUUGCCCUACUAAACAUUUACUGCUCUCCUACCCCAGUGCAAAGAAGAAUAGCACCUUAGAUGUAUUGUUUAGAACUCGAAAAUUAGCAUCAGCCAUAGGAAUGUUAAGUAAAAUUGCACAAAGAAAGGGUGUUACUAUGUUUAGAAAUUGCACACAUACACACAUAACACGCAAAUUUCUAAACUGAAAUCUUAUUAUGCCUGAUUUCCCUUUCUAUAUUAAAAAAAUAACAAAAGGAAGUACAGGUAGGUUGCACAGUGCAAUAUUCUGGCCCCUGUUAUUUAUGCUUAUUUUUUGGCAAAUUUUUGUUUCAGAUUCCUCAUAGAGAGAACCAUGGUCCUUUGUUUCUUAUGGGUUUUUGACUAGCCUGGUUUAAGCAUUUCUUUUUAAUCAGUUCUACUGAUACUUCUUUAAAACCCCUUAGCUCCAGAUAUCAGAAAACAGCAUUUAUACAACCUCACCCAACAUUAGUACCAUAAUUCUUGGGGGGAAAAAAAGUACAUUCCCUCGGUUAGUCAUGAAAAUAGUCUUUGAAAAAUUCCAUCAUCUUCUCACAGAUUUAUUUGCCCCUAAUCUCACUGCACCCUCAAAAAAGAAGACUCUUUCUUCCCUCUUAUGUCAUCAUGCUUCUCAAACACUGUCUUAUAGCCAAGAUGACACUACUCACCCACUCAAUAGGACAGUAGGAGAUGUAUGGUUCAUUAGAGGUUUGUUCUAAGCCAGCCAGACUUUUUGAUUUCUCUUAUGACUACUAAUAUGAUCAGUGAUCAGAAUUAAGGCCUCUGUGACUAUAAAAAUGGAAUUUUGUUGACUCUGUGAAGCUCCUUGGCCUAUUUACAGAUGGAAUCUAUUGCUUGGUUUUGCUCAUCUGAUUUAUUAGCCAAUAAAGAACUGAAUUCUUCACAUUCCAUGAGACCUAGGUGUAGGGGAGAGCUCUGCAUGGGAGCAAUUUCUGUGGCCACAAUGCUCAGCCUCAACUCUCCUGGGAGAUAUUCUAGUGUGGUAUGAUGUUCUCCAGAAGUACUUUAGAUAACCUUCCCUUCCCAACUUCUGUCAUCAUCUGAUUUUCAGGAUAGCUAUAAUCAGAGGCAUAUGCAGCCUAGCCACUUACUUUCCAAGAGCUCCUCCACAAACCAUCACUUUGGUUUUCAGCAAGAGUUCCUAACCUUUUUGGAGUCAUAGACUCCUUUGGCCAUCUGGCUAAGGCUAUGGACCCCUUCUCAGAAUAAUGCUCUUAAUAGAUAUGAUUACAAAGGAAAUCGAUUAUACUGAAGUACAAUUAUCAAGAUACUUUUUAAAAAUACAAGUUCGUAGAUCCCUGGUUAAGAACUCCUGGUUUAAAGCCAUUAUUGUUCAUAUUGAGUUACCAAAUCAACCAGGGGUGAGAAAUGUUUAAAAAAAAAAAAAAGGUCCAGAGAUGUUCAUCUAACUGGUUUCCAGACAGCAGGUUUUUAUUGGACAUUUUUUUAUGUUGCAAGGCCAGGAGUACACAGACCUGACUUUGCUUUCAUAAUACGUGCCUGAAUUGGCAUAUUAAACAACUCAGGCCCCAUACUUUGGCAUUUGAGGUAGCUGGGAGAUGUGAUGUUUUCCCUGGCUAACCUAAGAAAAAGGGUACUGUGAUUUCUUAAAUAUAAAGGUAGGAAAGGUUUGUUUGUUUUUAAUCCAAAAAACCAGUUCCAAUCUACAAGAACAAUUCUUUUAUCUAUUUCAAAGAAGUAGGGUAAUUUGGUUGUAAUUAUUUAUCUCAAGUGCCAAAUUAAACUGCAAAUUCAUUUUAUAAUGUUAUAUUGGGCAAUAUAUCAUCUUAAUUCUUCAUUUGGUGGUUGGAGGAGGCAGGAAGGGAAGUUAGAAGUUGACUUCAUUCUGAAGGCUCCAGCUAUCCUCUUACUACUUAUAUAAACACCUCAUGCAAUGCACCAGAGCUCUGCCCACACAGAAGGAGUGGCAAGAAUAUGAAUUAAGGUCCAAAAAUAUUUCUAAAAGCAUCUUUGUGAUUGUUACUUUAUGAGUUUUACAAAGUUCCCUGUCUUCUCCAUAGAGGGCAUUUAUUUACUGCCAACACUGUUUUCCCCAAAUAUCUGAAAAGAAAAUGGUACCCUACAUGUGCUGGGAUCAGCAUGGCCACUUCUAGAAUCAGGCAUCAUUUAUCUUAAUAAUUCUUAUAAAAAGCUUUUGCCAAAGCCCUUCAGUGCAGAUGUACCAAACUUCCUCACAAGAGGAACUUAAAAAGUAGAGAAGAGAGUUCCCAUGGGGGGAAACAAGGUGGGAGGUGGGAGAAGAGACCUCUUGGCAGCAUAGGCCUGAGUUCAUCUGCCUGGUGCAGAUUUGAGUGGUGCUAUGACCAAACUGAAUUUAGGGGUUCGUCCUUCCACCUCAGAUCAUGACGCCAUCAUGGCUCUCUGAAAAGAAAACACUGCAGGCUCAUCUAAGGAAGUGGGAAAGGCCCUGAGGAACAAAAGCUUCCAUUACCUGGGUGGAAAGGUCACCUCUCUUCCUAUUGCAAAACACAGCAUGGAUGCUCCCACCCCAUCAUCCCAUACUUGUUGGCCACUUUUUCUUCCCUUGCUGGGAGCCCCCGGGGCAGUCAGAAGCAAUGAAUUCACUCACCCAGCAUGCUUUGUGCUCUGCAGCAUAUUUUUGUCCAUAAACAGUGACCUAGGAGGCACAGAGAGAGAUAAAUGCUAUGCUGAGGUGCCACUUUUAUUACAGAAUUGCCUUUCUGGUUGUCUGUUAUCUGCAAAUGAAACUUUUCAGCUGAGUGAUGCAGUUGUUACAGGCCUUUGACUUUCCAUGAAAUUUUAGCAGAAGGAUUCAUUUGCAUGGUAGAAAUGAGUUCUGAAAAUGAAGUCUAACCUAUGAACUUUAAAGUUGAUAAUUAAAUGUAAGUGGACUCUGUCUUUUACUUCACUCUAAGCUACACUGGAAAGCAGCUCUCUCGGUUCUAAAUCCAGAGUCAGCGCUGCAAACGCUUUUACUUUUUUUUUUCCUCUAGAAGGCUUCUUUGGAAAGGGAAAAAUGCAGCAUUCAUCUAGCCUGAGAAGUGACUAAAAUUGUAUAUAAUAGCUCGCUUUUAGACAGUGCUUUACCAUUUACAAAGCACUUUAUACACAGUCCCAUUUAAUCCUGUGAGGGCAGUAGGGCAAGUGUUAUUCACCCUCCCCUCCCUUUUAAUAUAAAGUAGAGUACCUUGAUAAUAGUUGCAAAAUAAUGUAAAUAAUACUCAUUUCCUCAGGGAAAAUUAAAGGGCAGAACAUUUGUAAAUUAGGUCUGGUGGACCCUAACAGGAGUAAGAGUUUUAAUAUGUAUUUUUAGUGUUUUUUCUAGUCAAAGCUAUGUAGCAAAAUGAAGAUGCUGCCCGAAUUCGGAGAGAAACACACUAACGGAAGGCCACUGUCUUAGGUAGCAUGCAGCGCCUCCCUGCUGUGUGUGUGUCUCCCUUAAGGAAUAGGUAUAUAUUUAUAGCUGAUCUGAAGUUCUGAAUCCCAAACCAUUAUUGCCUGUGGCUUCUGCAGGUGUUGGUCGACUUUGUAUAAAGCUUUUUCUGAAUGUACUUGUAAACAUGAAGUUUCGUCAUCUCCUUCCACAGUCCCUCAGUUAAAUAGCUAUAUUCCGUAAGUGGGAGUCUGUAGAUGGAAGCAGUUUCAAAUGUGUUUUGCACUCCAUCGCAUGUUGUAGUGCAAACUUAGAAGUACCUUUGUGGAGAAAGUACUGCUUUCUUCCAGAUACUAUCAAAUUUAGAUCGAUCUUUCUUCAUGUCUUCUGUAGCGCUGACCCAAGUGGAAGCCGGGUAGAAUUCAUGAAUAUAAAUGAGAGCCAAAGCAGGGUAGGAUUCAUGAAUACAAAUGUGGCUGUGGAGUAUAUUAUAUAGUGCUCUGGGCAUAGGUCUACUAGAAAUUCAUCUCCCUAAGAAAACAACUACCAGAGCUGCACAUAACAAACUCUCCACCUUCCUCAAGCCUACAGCAAUUUCUCCUUAUUAGAACUUCUUCGUAGAGUCCUUUUGUAUCUCAGUUUGCUAGUUCAGAAAGCCUACAAGUAGCAUUAAAACUUUUAGGUGCCGUUAUUAACACUGAGUGACUUACAGAUAUAACCGUGAUAGCUUAUGGAAAUAAAUGUUACGCUAGACUAAUGGGUUUUCUCUGUGUAGAUAUCAACCCUGCUUUGUAAGUCCCAGGAAGCAGAAAUACAUUAUUUCCCAGGCUUGUGUUUGUCGUAGGAAUGGUAAUCAAAAGAGGGAUUGCUCUUCUGAUCAUUUUUUUGUAUAUUGUUAGUUUUUGUUUUGUUUUAUUUUGUUUUGUUUUGCAAGACAAUCUCAUUCUGUGUAACUUUGCUGUUAGUCUGGGAUUCAGAACACUAUUAAUGUGUAAAUUUAAAUAACACUAAAAUUAAAUUAAUUUGGUUUUUUGUUUUUAAGCCCUGUUUAAAAACCUCCACCCUUCUAAGAAGCAAGAGACUCUGCUAAUAAGCUCUGGUGCUUAACCUCUCAAGGGGACCAAAAACAUUUUUCAAGAUGCCUGGUGCUUUGUCAGCACAAGCUGCAUCAUCAUUGGUCAGAGGAGAUGUUAUUCAUCUCCAUGAAGCACAUCUAGGGCAGUGUUUCUAUCAGGCAAGAAGGAGGAGGAGCAGCCUUUAGUGCUAACAAUGCAACUCACUCCCCAAACAAAGGGUUUCACCACUUGGACUAGUGACUGGUCACUUACUGAGUCUCUUGUCUCACUGCAGCAAGGACAGGAAUAGGCCAAACUGAAGACAUACAACUAAGAGAAUCCCCAUGUUGAUAGCUCUUCCUUUCCAUUACCAUUACUGUUACCAUUACCAGGACCUAAAGUUAUGUUUCAAAGUACUAUGGGGUGAAAAAGACAUCCUAAAAGAGACAUUUCAUAUGCCACUUUAAACUAACAGCUUUGACAGAGGCACUUUUUUAUGGGUCAUGUAUUUACUUGUUUAAGAUGCUCAAUAUGAAGUUACUAGCUGCCAGUCCUAAGAUGAGCUUAGUCUAUGGGAAUUGUGAAAUUGUAUGUAAUGUGGAAAAUCAGUCAACACUGAGUGAGAUGAGAUUUUUUUUAAUCUCUCUAUUGGCCCAAAGACAGAAUUCUUGGGGAAUCAUCAAGAUUUGGACCUCUUCAGUUCCCAGAAUUAAUUAUAAUCUCCUUAGUGAGGUCUCUAACAAACCAAAUGCUUAAUCUUCCAAUUGUGAGAAAUAUACUCAUAAGAGACCACAAGUUAUAAGAAAGUGACUAUGUUCUCAAAAGUCAAAUAUGUUCAUCAAAACAAAACAAAAUUUAAUUAAAAGUGAGGUUGAUGUACUAGAGGUUUUAAUUCCUGCCUAAAUAGUUUUGGUUUUAUUUAAACAAUACUGUGGUAUCUAUAUACGUUGAUCAGGUCCAUUCGCAGAUGCUUCAGAUAUGUGUCACCUAGGUUUUCAGGGGAAAAAAUAUGCCUGACCUAAUCUUAAGUUCAUGGGCACUUAGGUGGUGCAAUAGAUAGAGACUUGGAGUCAGGAAGACUCAUUUUUCUAAGUUCAAAUCUGGCCUCAGACACUUCCUAGCUGUGUGACCCUCGAAAGUCACUGAACCGUCUUUGCCUCAGCUUCUUUAUCUGUAAAAUGAGCUGGAGAAGAAAAUAGGAAACCAUUCCAGUCAGUACCUUUGCCAAGAAAACCCCAAAUGGGGUCAGGAAGAGUUGGUCAUGACUAAAAUGACUGAAUGAUCUUAAGUACAAACCAGAAUAAAAAGAGUAGAUGAACAUUUUUCCUUUUAUGUAUACCAACUUUGAGAUAACCAAGAAGGCAGGUGCCAAUUUGGUCUCAAAAAGUCCUUAAAACCUGAAAAUUUGAGGGAUCAUGCUGGAUCCUGGGACCAUAAAUUUAGAACUAUAAGUGACAUUAUAAUUCAUUUAGGAUACUGAGGCCCAGGUAUGAAGUGACUUGUUUGGGGUCACAGAGGUAGUCAAUAACAGAGCCAGGAUUCAGUCUCAGACCCUAUGACACCGAUGCUGUUGCUACUAAACCAAGGUGAGUCCUGGAAAGCUUUGUCGCCCUUAGAUAGACCUCGGUGACACACAGGUCAAGUUCCCAACAAAUUUUUAUUACUUUUUUUAAACCAAAAAUCUUUGUUUCACCUAAAGGUAGACUGAGCCUUACUGAAGGUAUAUACAGUAUAUUCUAUAGUCAGAGCCAGCACUGUAUCAUAUCUCCCUUGGUCUCUCAGUCUCAUGCAUUAGAAUUCUAUAGAGAGGCUGGAAACUUUCACUGUUUAGUGAAGAGAGAAGUCAGUGAGGUCACAUCUCACUAGAAAUUAUUUUUUACAGAAGACAAAUUCAGAAAUGUGAUCUCCUCGGACUUCUGUCUAAACAAAAGUUAUCCAAGAAUGUUCAAAGUUAGCUCUCCUGCUGGUUAUGGAGUACCCAGCAGCACUGAAAAAAGCUACAAUUGUCAGCUUUCUUACUGAUAUAACUACCGAGACCACUGUGAUGAGAAGGGGGUAGCCCAGGAGAGCUGUUGCACCUUUAGAGCAGGCAGCAAGGGAGUCCUCUGCAAUGAUCGUAAUAUAAUGCGCUUUGCUUUCUAAUAAUGCCAAAGCCCUUUGCAUUCCCCUCUCGACACUUCUCCACGUCCCUUCCCUCUCCCCACCCGAUGAUGAAACCACUGUUCUUAUCUGACCUAGCAAAAUUCUUGUCACAAAAUAUAUUCUGGAGCUUCCCCUAGAUCUCAAAAAGAAGCUCUGUGCAUUUAAAAACAACAACAACAACAACAAACAUAUAUAAGCUUCUCUGAGGGCAGUUAGGGAAUUAAUUAGCCAUGGCUAUAUCUUGUAAGAGAUUAGCUAGAACAUUAUUCAGUCAUUUGGAUAGCUAACCUAAAUGAUGUUUAAACCCUAUGUUACAAUCGAAUGCUUUUGGUUUUGAAAGACAAUAUGAUUUUGAAGUUAUUACUAAAUAAACAUCUGGAAUUAAGUUUUGAAGUAAUCCCUGAAAGUUAAAUUCAGAAAGAUUAAAACCUGCUCCUUGUCAUAGUCAGUUCUGGGACAGAUCUAAUGGAUUAGGAUCUAAACUGGUUAGGGAAACCUGUCCAGGGACGUUUGUUACCCCAAACCCAACCCAGAUGCUAAGAUGAACCUGGAUAACAGUCUCAGAACAAUUUCAAGAAGAAGUAAACAAAUCUCAGAACUGAGGAUGGCAUAAAAAAUAAUUAAAGGAGCAGGAGUGUGAUAGAGCCAAGUCAAACCAGCUCAUGAAAGCUGCUUUUUAAAUUUUUAGUGUGAGAGUGACAAACUAUAAGUCAGGGCUUGAUUUACUGUUUUGUUGGUCAUCUAGACUUAAGAGAGUGAUAAAGAAAAUGUUACUAAUGAAGAUUAAACUUAAAAGUGUGUCAUAUGUACAUUUUUUAGAGCCAGUUGUUAAACAUUUUCCAAACUACCCCUGUCAUAGAGUCACUGUAGAAGGGAGAAAGUGGCCAGGGUUUACUUGUCGUCUGGACUCAAACCCCUAGGCAAGCCUGAAUAGAGAGAGAUUUAAGGUCUGGAAGCUAAGGUUUACCAGGCAUCUAGAUUAGAGAACUUUACCCGUGCUACUUCAAAAGGAGUGUGUGGUCCACUUCUUGCUAUGAGAGUUGUCAGACACCUGUACUUCAUACACUAAAAUUAAUCUUCUCAAUAUCCAGCACAUCCCCAGCUGCCGUAUCCACUUUAUCAAUGUCAAAAACAGUUCUAAAUAACAGGAAUUUUACUCCUCAGACAACCAAUCAGAAUAACAAAACAACAUAAUUAAAUAUCCUACCUAAUUAAUCUGUACUCUUAACUACAUAUAUACAAAUCUUAAAAUGUUAAACACCAACUAAGUUCCAAAUUGCCAAAUAAAAAAUUUCCCUACCCUGAAAAAAUGGGGUUUCUUUACUUCUAGGUUCACUUUUCAUCUGCCAUAGGAGUAAAUCGGUCCAAAAAAAUAAAAGCCAAAUGAAAUUUUAAAGUGGGGGAGGAGAUCAAUUAGAAAAACAUGAUAUUAAGUAAAAGUUGGAUGUUCCCUUGAUUAUCGUUAUUCAAAUUCUAGUGCAGGUAAAAGAAUGUGGGCCAUAGUAAAUAGCUUAUGGAAAAUUAUGUAUUUAAUGGGUUUUACUUCACCCUUCUAUUAAGUUAGCAGCCUUGAUCCUUAGCACUCUCACUCUCAGGAGAUUUUAUCAAAGAGCCACCAGAGGCUUCUGGAGACCUUGUGUCCCUGCUCCUUACUUUGCAGAAGGGGAAUAUAGUAUAAUAGUGGCUCCUAUUAUGGGAUAUUCAUCAUAGUUUGCUAAUUCAUAUUAGUGUGGUUAUAUAUUCAUAAAUACACGUCCCAAAAGCUUCUUCUAUAGUAAAUUGAAUAUUUUAGAUGUUUUUUUUUCCAAUGCAAAAUGUACAGUAUUAAAAGGAAAACUGCUUGUUGUUACACCUCCUUAGGGUGUACCUUUCAUGUACAUCCAAAAAUAGAAGCCCAUUUGGCAGUAGUUGCCAACAGCUUUUUUGGCUGUGUUGGGAUUAUACAAUUACCUGGGCAUGUGCAUGGAGGAGUGUAUUAUACAUCUGAAAAGUAAAUCCUUUUCAAUUGAUUUGGCAUAAACACUGUAGCUCUGGAAAUCUGAACUCUACACACACACACACACACACACACACACACACACACACGAAGCUGCAGGCUUUUGAAAGAUGGAUAAGAGAUGAUUAUAUUCUGCUCCUUUUUUUUUUUUUAAGGUCUGUCGGGUUUAGCACCAUAGGCAUAGUUACUAAGUAUGUUUCCAAAGAGCGGCCCCUUUCUUAAUGCUGUCCAAAAAUGCUGCAUGUAAUUCUUAAGUCUAAAUAUUGCAUUUGAUUCCCAGCAGCCAUUCAGAAAAUUAAUGAAUACAUUAUAGCAGCUCAGGGAAAAGGUGAAAAGGUUUAUCCUUUAUGAGGAUAUCUUCCUUUCUUUUGAUCUGAUUUCUGAGGGCUGAUUCUUACCUUUUGUUUACAUUGUCUUUUCUCUAUCACUGAUUCUUUUUUAAAGGCAGGACCAUCACCAUCUCAGAACUGGUGUUUGAGCUAAAGAAAGAAAAGGAUCAUCCAUGACCUAGUUCUUGGGCUCAGUUUCCCUGCUUCCUAACUAAUAGGAAAUAAAAGAGUUUGAAAGGGGUAUGUUUUCUUAGCAGCCACUUGAGUAUCUUCUGUCCUUUGGGUGGCUCAGUCUGAUUAAUUGAAGAGCCUAGCUGACAAUGAACUGUCACAUUGUCAUAUAAACCACAGUUCCAUGUUUGCACAGGACAGCAGCAACCCAGCAGUAACUGCUUCUGCUGCCGUGCACCUGAUUUAUACUUCUGGUUCAAGGGAAGGUCCAAUGGGGGAUAAAUGUCAUUGUGGCUAGCAAGGCAGGUCCCAUACCUGAUCACCACCUUCCUUCAGGGACAAAUUUCUGUUUGAACAGCUUAGAUGAUCAGAAACCAGCUCAGUGAAUGCACAACCUGCUUUAUUUACCACAGAAAUGUCUGAGCUCUGAUACCUGGCAAAAACAAGACCAUCUUUUCAGAUUUGAUAACUCUUGCAUUAGGCGCCCACCCCUAUCAAUGUCAUGGGUGUGGGGAAAAAUUAAAUGCAACAAUCAGAACCAGUGACUUUUAUUCCAGAACAAAGAUCUUACUGAGACUCACACCUACAAGGACAAUUUCAUCUUUAAUCUCCACUCCAGGGUCUAGUCUUAAACCCUCCAAUACAUAAGAAAACGGACUGGCCUUGAUUAUUUGAAUAAGCAAUGUCUUCUCCAGUGUAAUCACUUUAGUGUAAUCAUCAUGAAAGGAGAAGAAUGCAGCUGUGACCCCAAAACAUUUUUAAACACCUCUAAGAGGCUGAAAAAACUUCCUCCUCCAUUGGAAAUCAAAAUAGGAGAUGUUCUGGCCAAGCCUGCCAUGGAUUACAACAUUUUAGAGAGUAGAGAUGGCCCUCAGUCCCCUCAGUUUGCUGCUCCCGAAUUCAUGUUACAAAAUAUCCCCUCUGAGAUAUCAGGUGUUAUCUGAUGAUAGAAAUUCCUCGAAUUUAGGAUGAAAAGUACCACUUUGUAAAUCAGACUCUUGUUGGUAUCUUAAAACAUUCUUUAGCUUCUUAAAUAUUGAUGGUUCUGACUUUUACUAAUGUCUGGGUAAGAAAAAGACUUUGUUAACAUAUUUGCUGACUAUUUUGGAAACCCCCUUCAGCCAUUGUUGGAGAGCUUUAGAAGAGACUUAGCAACACAAUAUGGAUUUUAGAGAGUGAGGUAGAUAAAAUUCAAGAGCUCAACACCUUGAAAAUAUUCCUAUUUUGUGGUUUCAAUCGCUAAAAAUACCCUAGACCUAAAAUAAUAUUGGGAUUAUAUGUUAGCUAUUUAAAGUAUACUAUUCAUUACUAAAUGUUUCCUUGAAACAGAAAUUUCUUGAUAUGCCCUAACUUUGCUAUUUUUCUACAUUAAAAAUGGUUAGGAAAUAUUCUGCCAUGUAGACAUAUUCUAUAUUGAAUAACCAGGUCCUGGUGCAGUUUCCAGCAUGCUAACUGUAUCAGUAACCCAAUAGACUUUCUAGAAGAGCUCAGGAUAAGAAGAAAUUUGCUAGGUCCCAAAGGGUUCUUGAGCACUAUCAAAUGCAACUACUGAAAAAGAAUCAGUAGUAUUUUUCA